AUGAAUAGUGACAAUAAACUGCUGCAAAAUAUUCAAAACAUAUCGACAACAACAACAAUUGUCAAUUCAUAUUUGACUCAUACAACACAAUCUUCUAAUGAUAAUGAUAUGAAAUAUAUUUUAUCAUAUGCAAUACCAAUAGCAUGUGUAGCAAUUGGUAUAGUUCUUCUUAUAGUUAUUGGUAUUCAACGUCGUCAUCGUGUGUUAGAAAAAUGGUCAUCAUUAACACGAAUGAGAAAUACAAAUCCACGUUUUAUUGAACGUACUGGUUUACGACGAGAUUCAGAAUAUGAAUCAUAUAAUGAUGGAUUCGUUAAUGUAACAAUCAUAAAUGAAGAUGGUCUAUUACAAAAAGAACCAGAAUUUCGUUUAGCAACUAUUACAUAA